AUAUAAUCGCUUAACGAACCCGUCCCUCUCCACUCCUGCUUUCUUCAUUCAGAAAGGUGGAUCAUAGGCAGUAAGAGAGAGAGAGAGAGAGAGAUAGAGAUAGAGAGAGAAAGGGCAUUCGUUUCAUUAAUUCAUGUCUCCGCUCAUCUCAACUGGAACAGUUCAGAAAGACAGAUAGAUACAUACACAGAGACAUCGAUUGCAUCAUCUUCUCUACCUCAUUGUGCGUGCGGUGCGUGCGGUGCGUGCUUUAUAUAGACGCUCGCUCUUACGUUGUUCUCGUCCGCCCGGUGGUGUGGUGGUUGGAGAGAGAGAGAGAGAGAGAGAGAGAGAGAGAGAGAGAGAGAGAGAAAGGGGGAAAAUGGGGAGGGGGAGGGUGCAGCUGAAGAGGAUAGAGAACAAGAUAAACAGGCAAGUGACGUUCUCGAAGCGGAGAUGCGGGCUGCUGAAGAAGGCCCACGAGAUCUCCGUCCUCUGCGACGCCGACGUCGCCCUCAUCGUCUUCUCCACCAAGGGCAAGCUCUUCGAGUACGCCACCGACUGUUGCAUGGAGAGGAUCCUCGAGCGUUAUGAGAGAUAUUCAUAUGCAGAGAGCCAGGUUCUCACAAACAAUGCCGAAACCAAUGGGAACUGGACUUUGGAACAUGCAAAACUCAAGGCCAGGAUGGAGAUUCUGCAGAAAAAUCAAAAGAAUCUGAUGGGAGAAGAACUCGAUUCUCUAAGCCUCAAAGAGCUUCAGAAUUUGGAGCAUCAGCUUGACACUGCUCUUAAGCACAUUCGGUCUAGAAAGAAUCAACUCAUGUAUGAAUCCAUCUCUGAGCUUCAGAGAAAGGAUAAGGCGCUGCAAGAACAAAACAACAUGCUGGCAAAGAAGGUGAAAGAGAAGGAGAAGGCACUGGCACAGCAAACUCAAUGGGACAACCCGCAAGAUGAUGGCCUCACCUCUUCCUCGGUUAUUCUCUCUCAAUCUUUGCAGCCUGUCAACAUUGGGGGUCCUUACCAUCCGAGUGGAAUUGAGGAGGGAGCGGCCCUCGGUCCACCUCAACAUCGUAAUGCCACCCUUCUUCCUUCAUGGAUGCUUAGCCACCUCCAAGAAUAAUGAUCCAAUUUAUUUGCAUGGGAACCAUAUAUUACCAAUAUUAUCUAAUGCUUCUUAUCGUAUAUAUCCAGUCGAUUAUGUAACCAUAAUGUAACAUGUCUUAGUACAUGCAUUGUGGGGAUACUUGCAAAAACCUUGUUUACGUGAUAUCUAUCAAAAGAGAGAUUUGCUGUGGACAUUAUGCUACGGUACGAACUGGAUGAGACUGUAAAUAAGAUCCUGAGUUAGGGUCGUAAUUGCUAAUUAUGAUGUAAUCUGUGUGAUUGUUAUUUUCUA